AUGCAGGCUUUUUCAGCUUCCUCUAUUCUGCAGGCGAAAGCUGAAAUAAGAACGAACAAUCAGAGCAAUGUGGUGAUGGAGUUUGUGCUUCUGGGCUUCUCACUGUUACAGCCCAUGGAGCUCCUGGUUUUCAUGCUGCUACUGGCCAUCUUUGCCUUGACUCUAAUGGGGAACAUGGCCAUCAUCACCAUUGUGUAUGUGGAUCUCCGCCUCCACACCCCCAUGUACUUCUUCCUCUGCAACCUCUCCCUCUUGGAGAUACUCUUUGUCCUCUCCAUCACUCCAAAGAUGCUGGAGAACCUGCUCUCCCAGGCCAAAGCCAUCUCCUUCUGGGGCUGCAUCAUCCAGUGUUACUUCUACUUCUUCCUGGGCACUACGGAUUUCAUCCUCAUCGCUGUCAUGUCCUUUGACCGCUACGUGGCCAUCUGCCACCCGCUCCACUACCCUGUCAUCAUGAGUGGGCAUGUCUGUGUCUUCCUGGUCACGGGUUGUUGGUUGGGUGGGUUUCUCUCCACCCUCUGCCCACUUGUUUUGCUGUGCCAGCUUCCUUUCUGUGGCCCCAAUUUGAUAAACCAUUUCUUCUGCGACUAUGCCCCACUAGUGAGGCUAUCCUGUGUUAACACACACUUCCUCCUCAUGAUCGAGUAUGUCCUCUCCUCUGUGGUUCUGCUCACAUCCUUGACUUUUACUACAGUGUCCUACCUUUACAUCAUCGCCACAGUCUUGCACAUCCCCUCAGCAACAGGCAGGCGAAAAGCCUUUUCCACCUGCACCUCCCAUAUCACGGUAGCCUCUAUCUUCUAUGGCAGUGCCAUCUUCAUGUAUGCCAGGCCCAGCCAGGGCCGCUCCCUAGACCUCCAGAAGGUGGUGGCUGUGUUCAUGGUCAUAGUGAGCCCUUUACUGAAUCCUUUCAUUUACACCUUAAGGAACGAGAAGGUCAAAGAGGCCCUGAAGGAAUACUUGACUAUAAAGAGCUCUGUUCUGCAACCAGAACCUUGA